AUACGUACCAAAAUAACAAAUGUAGCUGAAACGAAUGACAUUGACAGUAGUUGUACUGUCCUACUCUGACAACCUGACAACCACGGGGAAAAGUGUUUUAAAAUGGACAACGUUGAAGCUCUCAAGUUAAAAAUUGCCGAACUAGAACAUAAGUUAAAAUCACUCGCAUCAAAAAAUGUUAGAGAAAAAAUCGAAGUCAUGUCUUCUGAAGUCGUCGAUUCAAACCCUUACAGUCGUUUGAUGGCCUUAAAAAGAAUGGGAAUUGUAAACAAUUAUGAAGAUAUUAGAAAUUUUACGGUAGCAAUUGUGGGUAUUGGUGGAGUGGGAAGUGUAACAGCAGAAAUGUUAACAAGGUGUGGAAUCGGACGCCUUAUAUUAUUUGAUUACGAUAAAGUAGAAUUAGCCAAUAUGAACAGAUUAUUCUUUCAACCUCAUCAAUCAGGACUAAGUAAAGUUGAAGCUGCUGCUGAAACUUUAAGAAACAUCAACCCAGACGUUGACAUUUUAACUUACAAUUAUAAUAUUACUUCUGUGGAAUAUUUUGAUGAUUUUUCAAGAAUUCUGACACAUAACAGCUUAAAUAAUGGUCCCGUUGAUCUAGUUCUAAGUUGUGUGGACAAUUUUGAAGCGCGAUUUACUAUAAAUGCCGUAUGCAACGAAUUCAACUUGACCUGGUUCGAAUCUGGAGUAUCAGAGAAUGCUGUCUCUGGACACAUCCAGUUUAUUGUUCCUGGAGAAACAGCAUGUUUUGCAUGUGCUCCACCUCUAGUUGUUGCUUCAAAUAUUGAUGAAAAAACUUUAAAAAGAGAUGGUGUAUGUGCGGCCAGUCUUCCAACUACAAUGGGAGUGAUAGCUGGUUUUUUGGUUCAGAAUACAUUAAAAUAUCUUCUUAAAUUUGGUAAUGUUUCGAAUUAUUUAGGCUACAGUGCAUUAACUGACUUUUUCCCUACCAUGAAUUUAAAACCUAAUCCAAAUUGUGAUGAUAGAAAUUGUGUUCUGAGACAAAAAGAAUUUGCUGCUAAACCUAAAGUUGAAAUUGUGAAAAAUGUUGUGGAAGAUGAUAAACCCAUUCAUGAAGACAAUGAAUGGGGUAUUUCAUUAGUUGAUGAAAGUGUUGAAAAUGAUAAAGAAAACCAGAAUGUUGGGUCAGGUAUAAACUUGGCAUAUACACUUCCUGGAAGGGGAGUAGGUGAUGGUGAAAAUUCAAAAUCUGAUGAUACUAGUUUAGAAGAACUUAUGGCUCAAAUGAAAUCCAUUUAGAUUUUAAGAUCAGUGUUUUUUAUGCAGCAAAUUGAUUUAAUAUACAUUUUUGAUAAUUACUUAGUACAGUAUUCAUCAAUUGAAAAAUAUAUUUUUUACAUACUUACAAAUUACGUCUGUGGUAAAAACGUCUAUUGCGAUGAAUUUGUUCUACUCUGUCAUCGAAAAAAUAAAGGAAAUUAGAGUUGGCUAUGAGACAAGUUGUAUAGGUAGUGUUGUUACGUCACACAAGUUCUGACAGCUGUCAGUUUUGCCACCUGUUAGUUUUAAAAAUUAACCACGCGCAACAGAAAUCUAUUCAUGUCUACGCCCGAUGACAUAUCACAGUAUAGAUAUAACGUAUAUAGGUUAGUUAUAUAUCUAUACUGUGUUAAUAUUGUGGUUAAUUGGUAAUGACCAUAUUUAGAAUAAAACUACCACCCAAAACUAGACCGGCACCGCCAACUCUAACUCAUUUUAUUUUCGAUCGAAUGGUAUUAUCUUAAUUAAGUUUGAAAUUUGUUUUCAUUCCAUUUUUAUUUGUUUAUUGUUAACUUAUUUUAAAAUUUUCUAAAAUAAAAUAUCAAAUUGUU